AUGCCUCUGCUUGUAACAGACCACUCGUGGACGCAAACAGAGUCGAUGGUUUUCAUCAGCGUGCCUCUCAAAGGAGCCACGAAAGUGGACAUUGUCUCGUCAGACGAGUACCUUAAGGUUCAUUUCCCACCUUUUCUUUUGGAGGUUUUCCCAUCUGAGCUUGUUGAUGAUGUACAAAGCUCAGCAAAAAUUGGAAAUGGAGUCGCGGUCAUCAGUUUGUCAAAGAGGACUAACAAACUGUGGGAGCAUUUGUCAAUAACCACAUAUGAUAAAGAAACAAAAACAGAAAUCCGGGAGAGAGCUCUGUCCAAAAUGCAGGAAAAGCUUGCUGCAGAGGCCAAAAACAAAGCAGAGAAAAAGCAUAAUGAGAAGAAAUACGCUCUCAAGACAAUGAUGAACAUGGAAAACGAAGAACGAGAAAGAAUCCAGAAAAUGAAGGAUGAUGAACGAAACAGAACAACAGCUGAACUCGAAGCAUGGCAGCUAAAGGAGCGCAAGAAAGCUGAGGAAGAAGCUCGACUCAAAUUCCAAACCAAUCAACCAAAAGCUGUGAAACAAAAAUAUAAGAGAAGUGUCAGUGAAACAGACAAAAGGAAAAAGCAAGUGAUCAUUCCUGCUCCAAGAGUUCCAGGGAAUAUUGAAGUGUCGUUCACACCACGAGUUUUCCCCACUGCUCUCAGAGAGUCACGAGUUGAGGAGGAAGAAGAGUGGCUGAAAAAACAAGCAGAGGCCAGGCGCAUAGUCAACGCAGAUAUUGAAGAGCUGAAUGACCUAAGUGAGGAGGAGAGGAAUCCUGACUGGUUGAAAGAGAAAGGAAACAAGUGUUUUGCUGCAGGAAACUACUUGAGCGCUUUGAAUGCCUACAAUCUGGCAAUCAGAAUCAACAGAAAGAUCCCAGCUUUGUUUUCAAACAGGGCUGCUUGUCAUCUGAAGUUACGGAAUUUUCACAAAGCCAUUGAGGACUCAUCUCAGGCUCUUGAACUGCUGACUCCAGCCGUUCCUGCCAAUGCGGCCGCCCGAGCCAGAGCUCAUGUGCGUCGAGGCUCUGCUUUCUGCCAGCUGCAGCUCUACACGGAAGGAUUACAAGAAUACCAGACUGCGUUGAAGAUUGACCCGAACAAUGAAGCAUUGCAAGCAGACACACAAAAGAUUCGGGAGAUCAUACAAGGCAGUGCAGAAUAG